GAGGACCCAACGACCUGCGUGGGGGCCUUUAGUGCUCACUGUCCUUGGUGCAGCUGGCUCUGGACAAGGUCGAGAUGAAACUCCUGCUCCUCCUGGCUCUCCUUCUGGGGGCGGUGUCCACCCGGCAUCUCAAGGUGGACACGUCCAGCUUGCAGAGCCUGCGGGGAGAGGAGAGCUUGGCCCAGGAUGGGGAGACUGCAGAAGGGGCCACAAGGGAGGCCACUGCAGGGGCACUGAUGCCACUGCCUGAGGAGGAGGAGAUGGAAGGAGCCUCUGGAAGUGAAGAUGACCCUGAAGAGGAGGAGGAGGAGGAGGAGGAAGUGGAGUUCAGCUCAGAGCUGGAUGUGAGCCCCGAGGAUAUCCAGUGUCCUAAGGAAGAGGACACAGUAAAAUUCUUCAGCAGACCUGGAUACAAAACCCGUGGUUAUGUUAUGGUGGGGUCUGCCAGGACAUUUAAUGAAGCUCAGUGGGUGUGCCAGAGAUGCUACAGGGGCAACCUUGCAUCCAUCCACAGUUUUGCCUUUAAUUACCAAGUCCAGUGCACUUCCGCUGGACUCAAUGUGGCCCAGGUCUGGAUUGGAGGCCAACUCAGGGGCAAGGGUCGCUGCAGACGCUUUGUUUGGGUGGACAGAACCGUAUGGAAUUUUGCGUAUUGGGCACGUGGGCAGCCCUGGGGAGGUCGUCAACGUGGCAGAUGCGUGACCCUGUGUGCCCGAGGAGGUCACUGGCGCCGAUCUCACUGUGGCAAGAGACGCCCCUUUGUCUGCACCUACUGAGUGUACAUUGAGGCCUGGAGCUCCUCUCUGCUGCCCCACCCCUGCCUGCACCCCUCCCCUGCCACACCCUCCCUCCACUGCCCUACAAUAAAAUCGCUUUCCUGAAGUG